AUGGGAAAAGUAUCGACUCUGCUUCUCUUUCUCUUGCCUUUCUGCUUCUUUCUUUUUACGUAUAAUCUCCUCAACCUUAUUAUCCACAAUAGAUCUGGUGUCAUUAAUUUAGAUGCAAGUCCACUUCUAGAUCCUCUGCCUCAUAGAAAGGCCAAAACCUCUUCACCAUUACUAUUUCAUGUUGCCGUAACAGCUUCAGAUUCUCUUUACAAUAAGUGGCAGUGUCGUAUAAUGUAUUAUUGGUACAAACAGAAGAAAGCUCUUCCCCGUUCAGACAUGGGAGGCUUCACUCGCAUUUUGCAUUCUGGUACAACCGAUAACUUGAUGGAUGAGAUACCAACAUUUGUCGUUGAUCCUCUUUCCCCAGGUCUUGAUCAGGGGUAUGUUGUCUUAAAUAGACCGUGGGCAUUCGUGCAAUGGCUUGAAAGAGCUACCAUAAAGGAAGACUAUGUCCUUAUGGCAGAGCCUGAUCAUAUAUUUGUUAACCCUCUUCCCAAUUUGGCUGUUGGAGGAUCACCAGCAGCUUUUCCGUUUUUCUAUAUCACACCUCAAAAGUUCAAGAACAUAGUUAGAAAGUAUUAUCCAGUGGAGAUGGGACCUGUGACAAAUAUUGAUCCCAUUGGCAGUUCUCCUGUUAUCAUAAGCAAGAAAUCACUUGAGAAGAUUACUCCUACAUGGAUGAAUAUCUCCCUGACAAUGAAACAUGAUCCAGACACUGAUAAGGCAUUUGGAUGGGUUCUAGAAAUGUACGGUUACGCAAUUGCAUCUGCUCUGCAUGGGGUGCGGCACAUGCUAAGGAGGGAUCUCAUGCUUCAGCCUCCAUGGGAUUUGUCUACCAAGGCGAUGUUUAUUAUCCACUACACUUAUGCAUGCGAUUACAACAUGAAGGGUGAGCUGACAUAUGGCAAAAUAGGAGAGUGGCGAUUUGAUAAGAGAUUAUAUCUGAGAGGUCCCCCUCCGAGGAACAUCUCUAUGCCGCCUCCCGGUGUUCCAGAGAGUGUGGUGACUCUUGUGAAGAUGUUGAACGAAGCUACAUCAAAUAUCCCUAACUGGGACACUCUCUAACUCACAUCCACUAGACACAAACCAUAGCAAGGACUACUAAUUCAUACAUCAUAUUUUGCCAAAUGAACAGUUUACUUUCUUUUUUUUUACUUUCAGUUUAACAAUGACUAUGGUGUGAGAUAAUGUUCAAGAAGUGGUUAGGUGAUAGUAAAAUGAUAUUAGCAUAGAUGGUGAAGAUUA